AUGAGCAAUGCGAUGAAACAAUUGCGGACUGAUACGGCUUCAUUCAUCAGUCGUCUUAUCCGAGUCAAUGCAUGGAGAAACUAUCGGAAUAUUGUCUUCAAAAAAGAAGAACUCAUGAACCUCGCGGAAGACGCGAAGGAGCACUUCCAGAACGAACCUAUCUUGGCCAGAAUAAACCCACCUGUAUUGGUUGUUGGAGACAUCCAUGGACAGUAUUAUGAUCUCAUCAGAAUUCUCAACACGUUUACGGAUGACACUGGAAAAACCAAGAAAGUGGGAUUUUUUCACAAUAGAUUCGUCUUCCUCGGAGAUUACGUGGAUCGAGGACAGAAUUCAGUAGCAACUAUUGCAUUGUUGUUCGCCCUCAAACUCCACUACCCACAGCAAUACGUUCUACUCCGUGGAAAUCAUGAGACGAAAACAAUAAACUUUGCCUACGGAUUCAGAGAAGAACUGAUCAUAAAGAUCGGAGAGGCUGAUGGACAUGCAGUGUGGGAGAAAUUUAACGAAGCAUUUGCUUAUAUGCCAUUGGUCUGCGUGAUCGGAAGGAAAAUACUCUGCAUGCACGGAGGAAUCAGUCCGAAAUUAGAAAAUUGGAAGAGUUUAGAGAGCAUCCAGAGACCGCUUGUUGAUGUUUCUGACAACGCACUGGCACAAGACCUUGUUUGGGCAGAUCCAGCUUCUGAUGGAUCAUCGGCUGCUCUCUCGAGAGAACCUGUAUGGAGCAAAAACGCAACCCGUGGUCUUUCUUGUACUUUCAAUUCGCAGUGUGUAAAUGAUGUCUGCAAAACAUUCGAAAUUGAAUUGAUCGUACGUGCUCAUCAGAUGAUCCCGGAUGGAUUCAAGUUUUUUGCCGGAAGGAAGCUGGUCACAAUCUUCUCUGCCCCGCGUUAUAUGGAUGAAACCGACAAUCGUGGAGCCAUCAUGAAUAUCCGAGAGAAUGGCAGUUUCGGAUUCAUCAUCUUUGACAAUUCAAAGAAGGGUGGAAAGAAUCCAUUGGAAGACGAGCUCACACGUGCCGACGAUAUCCCGAAUGUCUCUGCGAGAAGAAAAUCUGAUGCUAUGAUCAAUUCGCUCAAGUCGACGGAACUGAAGGCUAAGAAGACUAAGACUCCAAAAUGA